GACUGUAGUCCUGUUCUGCAAGGUGGGCAUUGCCUGCAGCUACGGCACUGCGAGGGUCGCCUUUUUGUGCCGGCGAUCGGCGUCGAAGCGGACCUUUAUUGAACCCAUCACAGCCGCGAUCAUCCUCGGUUAGGCUUCUUCUCGGCUGAUCCCGCCUGUCAAGCCCGCCUUCGUUCGAGGCAUCUCUGAACGCUUGAUCGGUGCAUAUUUCGUCGUGCCGCCUUUGAUCGACCGAAAACUGACCAGUUCACCAGGAGCACCGAGACGAUGGAUGACGUGAGGCGCCAGCCGAGUGGCUCGUGCACCGUUAGGAGUUCUCUCGAUAACCUGAGACCGGCGUUCAGCGUGUCCCACCAGUUCCAGGAUUUCCAGAGCGGCUGCUUUGGACCCGAGUGGGACGGUUUUGACAGCUUCGUUGAAGACAUUUGCGAUUGCUACAGGCAAAAGCACGGGAGAAAGGAGGCGAUGACCAUCGUGAUGGGUGCCUGUGGAAGUCAGCUUACAGACAGUUUGGAAGAAAUGCUGCUCGACCCAGUGGUUCCUGCAAGCAACAAGCGCCCAGUGCAGGAGUACCGGCCUGUAUCUUCGCUCGAGUACUGCACUGACGUCUCCGGUGUCCGGCCGCGUGUCGCUCUGCGCUGCACGCUGCUUGUCUCCUCCGAGGAAGCGAUCGGCUGCGUCAUGGAAACUGAUGCCGAGCCGGUGGCCAGCGUUUUCCAGGGUGCCCUGCAGCUGGACCCACUAUGUAUCAAGGCGUCGAACCAGUACUUGGUGGUUCUGUUUAUUCCUGGCGAGUUGGCGGAGGCGGUGCUGCUGCCGCGCUUCUCCUACCCGCUGAGCUCCGAUCCGACACAAAUGCAGCGAGAGCCAUGGCAGCUGGAUGACGAGUUGGUGGAUUUGGCGGAGCUGGAACAUCAUGGCGGCGAUGCAAACUGCUGUGCAACAGUGGUCGAAGCACCGAAAGUUGUGUUGCAGCAGAACCUGGGCGUAAGAAAUGCCCGCGCCAGCGUCUCUGGAGUGUCAGUGACCUGGGUCCAUGGUCCUUUGGAGCUGUGGCCACACUCGACGCCCCAGACGGCUCUGAACUUGCCGGCAUUUACAUCGUGA